UUCUUAUCGGCGAUUUUUUUUUUUAAAAGCCCAACGCCUUGGUCAAGGCUACCAGAAUUAAAGAGAAUCGCCGUGCGAGAAGUAAGUCAUGAAAGUGUUUACCAAUUUGCGCUACAAUAUUGAGCAACGCCAUGGGUGAAAGGACUGCAGUUUGUGGUUCUCGUCAGGGAUGGUACGCGGUCCUAUGUGUGCAUGUGAGCUGGUUGCUCUUUGCUGGGCUCAUCAAGGGUCUCGGCGUAAUGUUGCCCACACUCAAGGAGCAGUUCGCUACUGAUACCUGGUUGAUAGGAUGGAUGAUCGCCAUCAUCAGCGGAACUGGCAAUUUGUUAGUUCCUUUGGCUAGACCUCUUGAGGUCGUGUUUGGUACCCGUACAGUGGCAGCGAUCUGCGGUUUCAUGCUCGGGAUUUCCAUCGUCCUCGCUUCUUGUACCACUAGUGUGGCCAUGCUGACACUGCCUCUAGCAUUGAUAGCUGGACCGGGUCUGAGUAUCGUGAACAUCCUGUCAAGGGCCAUGGUAGGACGGUGUUUCACCACAAACUACGCCACAGCUAUCGGUAUUGCCUCUUCGGGACACCCUUUGGGCUUCGUCAUCUUCGCACCUUUCAUCCAAGUACUGCUGGACACCUACGGCUGGAGAGGCGCCUUGUUGCUUCUGGGCGGGUUUAGCCUGCAUCUUGGGGUGUGUGGCGCCCUCUUGCGAUCACCCUCAACGGCAACCCGGAUUAGCGGCGACUACCAGCCCGUUGCCCACAGCAACGAUGAUGAAGCGGAAUCACGUGAUAGCUCAUCGGACGUUCAUGGUGCCAGCAAGAAAUCGUGGCUGGAUUCAGCCAAGGACGCCCUCUUGAUCACGAAGGAGCGUUUCGGGGUCUCGGUUGGCCGCCGGGUCGCCUUUUGGCUAGCAGCCGCCAUAUUUCUUUGUUAUCGGUUCGCGGGCGCCAUUUGGCAGAUUUUCUUCGUUGCUCAAGCCCAGGCAAAAGGCUUCUCCGCGUAUAAUGCCGUGAUGUUUACCGCUGCCGGCGGGUUGGGAAGCAUUGCGGCAAAGAUUGUCUUCGGUCCUUUAGUGGACCGGGCGUUGUUGAAGUUACGACAUGCAUUAGCGAUUGUGAUCGUAGUAGGGUCCUUGACCUUUGUGACUGUUCCUUGGAUGAACUCCUAUUGGCUAAUGAUGAGCAAUGCCUUCUUGUGUUUCGGUGCGAUUGGCGCAACUGGCGCACUCUCCGAUCUCUUCACCAGGGAACUACUCGGAGUUGAUCUCCUCGUAACCGCUUUCAGCUGGAUGCAGCUUCUUAGUGGAGCUAUCUUGUUCAGUGUGGGAUUUUUUCCAGGUUGGAUGUACGACCAGACUGGAAGCUUCGAUAUGGCCUUUGUCAUCGCUGGCUGCGUGUGGGCGUCGUCUCUUUUGGCUUUGUUUGUCGAAUGGGUGAUGACAAGACGGAAAUUGCUCCAAGAAAAGUAACAAUAGAGCAUUUGCAUCUGACGUCACAACUGAGAACAUGCCUUUGUUCCUGUGAGAUACGAAUGGGCACACACUUUUGUACUUGUAGCCACUGAAUUUAAACUACAGAAGCUGUGCGUGAGGCUUGAGGGCGCCAUCAGGCAGAAGGCUGAGAAUCGGACCGUUUAGUGACAACUGACAAAUUGGUCCUUUCACAUGUUAAAUGCAUUUGACAUUAUUGUCACGGUUAUGUGUUGGGUGUGACCCUAGGGUGGUGAGUCCGCUUAACGUUUAAUUAAAAAUUAAUGCACUGAUCGCCAAGGGCGGA